AUGACAAGCAUUGUCUCAAGCUCCGACAAUGCUGCAUCCGAGCAUGAGAAUCUGCAAAUCGCGGGUGUCAACAGUACUUGUCUGUCAAGACUGUUCACCAGGCUGGCCCUUGGAACUCUAGGACGCUUCUACAAAUCAAAUGGCGUUUGUACACCUAUCUCAAGGCAUAAAAUUAUCAAGUGCGGGCGGCGAGUUCGCUUGACAGAAGCGGCCACGAUGAAAUUCAUUGCUGAAAACACGUCUAUUCCGGUACCUCGAGUUUACUGUUCAUUCAGACACAAAGGCCGGACGUUCAUUCUGAUGGAAAGAAUUCGCGGCGAAGACAUUCCUCGGGCAUGGAGCAGGCUCUCUGAAGAAGGCCGCCAAAAGAUGUUUGCCCAGUUGAAAGCUAUGAUUCACGAAUUAAGGACACUGACGCCUCCACUGGGUACCGGAGUGGAGAGCUGCACGGGUGGGAGUCUCAUGGACUGCCGUAUCAAACGAGCUGAACGUUUUGGGCCGUUCAAGAGUAUACAAGAUUUUCAUUUCUGGCUUCGAGAAGACCUGCGCCCAUCCGAUCAUCCCAACCGGGUGAAAGAUCAGGAAUGGCAAGAUAUCGAGAAGAUGGCAGCCAUGCAAGACGGGCCAUGGCCUCCACCCGUCUUCACCCACGCCGACCUCAACCCGUGCAAUAUUCUCAUUCGCGACGAUAACGUGGCCGCCAUCAUCGAUUGGGAAUUUUCGGGGUGGUAUCCGCAUUACUGGGAGUAUACUUCUGCGUAUUAUGGCAAUAUUUCGAGAACAGGCUGGCAGGAUGAACUGUGCAACUUCCUCGAGACAUUUCCCGCAGAAUUGGAAAUGGAGAGGACGAGAAAUCAGUGGUGGGGAGAAGUGUAA